CUGAUUUGAACGCGACUUUAUUUACGAACGCAACAGUUUUGUUAUUUUUGAACGCAAUUUACGAACUGUCAUUUUCAUUAUCAUGGCGGAGGACGAGGACGGUGUAUCAAAUAAGAAAUCGGCCCAAAAUUCAAAUAAUGCAGGGUCUUCUCAGGACAACGAACAGAACAGAACGGAUUUGCCAUACUUCCCCCGUUUACUAACCCCGGAAAUUGACGAAGCGAAGUGUAAUAAUAGCGAAAACGGCGAUGCGUCGCCCGCUGAAGCAAAAAGUUCGUCUUCGAAGUCCACCGGGGCGACACGGAAGGAGGAGAACCCGUUUUCGUUCCGGCAUUUUCUGAAGCGCGACCUGUCGCUGCCGGGCACCUCGACUUACGAGAGCACGGGCGCCCGGCCCAAGGUGUACGCCAGCACCGUGCAGCACUCGCCCACGCGGCCCGACACGGCGCGCGACCCCCAAGCCAAAGAGAAGAGCGCGGAGCCCCGCGCCAGUGAUAAUACGUCUUCGAAUAGUUCCGUAGAGGUGUCUCAUAAUAGUGUAGUGGACAAUUCAGAGUGCGACCGCGACCCGUACGCGGCCGGCACAGACCCGCAGCCGUACCGGGCCGGCCUGGAGCCGCUGGGCAUGCCGUCGCUGCCGGACUUCGUGCAGGAUCACAUACUAGUGGAGCAGGCCUACCUGAACUCUAACGGGCCCAUAUCAGUGGAUCUAGACAAUCUGCCGGAUUUUACGUUUAACACAAAUUACAACGCGGGGGGCGCGGGGUCGCUGGGCCGGCGAGGGGCGCGAAGUUAUGGCGGACGUGGUUACAGCGAGUAUGCGGCGCGCGGACCGCUCGACCUGCCGCCGGGCGCGGAGGGCGCGCCGCCCCCCGACGUGCCGCUGAGCUUGGACCUCACCGAGUCUGUGAACCCCGCUGACCGACGGAACAUGUCUCCUCGCAGCACCUUUCCGCUAGACCUGCCUCCUAAUGCUGGGGCAGAGUCCAUGCGGCUGCCAGACUUCCUGCCGGUGCACCCGGGACGGACUUCACCGGAGCCAGAGCCUGACAUGCAGCCUUUGCUGCAGGAGCUAGAAAGGACAAGGUCGGAGUUAAACUUGGAGCGGCGGCGCUGUGCGCGGCUGGAGGACGAGCUGCGCGCCGCGCGCCUCGAGGCGCCGCCGCCCGCGAGGCGCCACGAGGCGCAGUCGCCGCCCGCGAGGCGCCACGAGGCGCAGUCGCCGCCCGCGAGGCGCCUCGAGGCGCAGUCGCCGCCCGCACGGCGCCUCGAGGCGCAGUCGCCGCCCGCCCGGCGCCACGAGGCGCAGCCAGCGCGGCGCCACGCCGGCGACGCGAGGGCCACCGGCGAUGAUGCGUAUCGAGAAUCACCCGAAUCAGAAUCAUUGGUUAAUCAAUUGAGGAUACAAAUCAGGAGGCUUAAGGAGGAGCUGGCGGGCGCGCAGGCCGAGGUGCGCUCCCUCCGCGGCGCCCGCGCCGGCGCCGCCGCCGACCUGCGCGCCGCCGCCGACGUCGCCGAGGCCUCGCUCCGGUACGUGCCCCCCGCCCCCACCCCCCCACCCCCCACUAGUGUUCAGGAGGAGCUGGCGGGCGCGCAGGCCGAGGUGCGCUCCCUCCGCGGCGCCCGCGCCGGCGCCGCCGCCGACCUGCGCGCCGCCGCCGACGUCGCCGAGGCCUCGCUCCGCGAUCUGCUAGCGGGCCUAGACCAGCUCCGGAGCCUGAGCCACACGCUCGACCCCACAUGACGCCGCUAACGUUUAGGCUAGUGUGUACUGUACUGUACUGUACUGUACUACCACUACUAUACGCUCGCCACCGGCAUAUAACCCCCCACACACAUUCAUUGCGUCAUAUACAAACAAAUAUCAGUGACAAAGUGUUAACUAUUUGUGAUUUGUAUACCUUUAGUUUAAUACCCACCAUGCAAGAAUAAAAGUAAAAAUUAAUAAAUUAACAUAACAAAAACAUUUCAAAAUAGUAUGAAACAAAUAAAUAAAUAACAUGAGACAUCUUAUACCUAGUCCCACAUCCAGUAGGUAACGGCUUGUGUUUUAAGAUACAUCAUUAUUUAAAUAUAUCUACAUUAUUGUAGUAAAUGUUAUAAAUUGCAGCCUUUGGGAGAAGGGAAAGUAAAAUUAAAAGUUUAAAUGUUUAUGGCCUGUUUCACAAUGUCCAAGUAAAGUAUUGGAUAGCUAAUUAACAAAUAAAUUAACUGUCAGAUAAAAUUUCCUACAAAAAAAGCACUUUCUCCAGCAGAUAAAGCUUAUUUGGAGAUUUUGAAACGCCAACGAUGACUUUAUUCGUCAGAUAAGUGGCAAGUAGCUUAUUCAGGACUUUACUUGGACAUUGUGAAACAGGCCCUUAGUAUUAUAAAUAUACAACUGAUGACUGUCACGUAUUUACUUAAGGCCGUUCCCUGAGCCAGAAGACGAAAAAUCUCCUUAUAUGAUCAUGUUUUUCUGAGAGGCGUUGAUAUUCGUAGACGUGGAAAAAAAUAUAUGUAGUUCUUGACAAUAUUAUCUUUAAUAACAUAGCUACUGAUACACGAAUUAUGACACUUCGCUCGAUACAAAUAAUUCCCAAAGUAACCUCUAACUCGGACUUUUAAUCAAACUUUACUUGGUUAUUUAUUAUGUGACAUAAAUAAAGAACGAAGAAAAAACAAUCUCAACUUAAAUAGUAAUUUGAUAGCUUUAGGAUUUCGAUAUUGUAAGGUAACGGUUUUAAAAUAAAUAAAAAUCGACAAAAUUCGAUCAAAAUUGACACUUGGCGCGCAUGAUCUUUCCCGUUCUUUCUUGCGAAAUGUGACAGUGACAGCGGCACACCGAUGGAACGGCCUUAAUGACGAGAUACUUUCUGGCAAGUGUUGCCAUUUGAACUUGUAACUUUUAAAAUACAAGUGAAUAAAAAUUAAUAACACUGUAAAUAUAAAAUUGUACAGCACUCCGGUCUCUCGGGGCCACAAGUCUCGCCUUCCCUCGCUCUUAGAGUUUGUCUUGUUAUUCUACUUGUGAUCUAUAAUUAACUGAAAUAAAUGGCAUCUUUUAUACAUAUUUGAUUCUCGAGUACCAGAGUAUUGUGUUUUGUACAUUUACCUUUGAAUUGAUUGAACUGAUUGAUACCUGUUUCCUUGAAAUGGAUUGUCUGUGGAAAGUUUUGGACUGCUGCAAAGGUAAAUGUAGUAAGGUCUUUAGAGCGGUUUCGCACUACGUCCGAUUCGAAUCCGAUCCGAACCCGUGAAAAUGUGGUCCGAAGUAACUGUAGAACUAUUUCAAUAGUAAUUUACGCACUAGAUCCGUCUGAUUUCUUUCCGAAAUCGGAUGACGUGCGUAAAUUAUUAUUAUUAUUAUUUGUAACGCAGGCAGGCAGUUUAAACAACUGAUAAUGCCUGUAUACAGAGUCAUAAACCGAGUUCUCAGUGUUGAGUAGAAUUUGCUUUGUGCUUAUCUAAUUUAUUCUUAAACUCAUUGACAUAUAAUUACAAUUGAAAUAGUUCUACGGCUACUUCUGACCAUAUUUUCACGGAUUCGGAUCGGACGUAGUGCGAAACCGCUCUAACCAAUCUUACGAACAAUAUACUUAACUCGAGGUCGAGGUUAUUUUUCAAACGUAACGUUAUUCUUUUCGUUAUUACAAACGGAAUCUCAUUGUGAUUGUGAUAGUUUUCAGAACAUAAAUGAUUAUAAGAAAACAACUAGCUGCUGCUAUUUAUCUGUGUAAUACUUUUGUAUAAAAUACUUAUUUCUGAUCAAAUAUUACCUAUUAUAACUACUAUAUAAAAGUAACUUAUAGUUAAUAGUAAAAAAAAUGUGUAGACAUAAAAUACAGUGAGCUAGUAAAUAUAUUAAAGAAAGAUAAAUAAAUAAAAAACAUUUUGCGUAAAAAAGUGGGUGUUACAAGUAUAACUUUAAUUACAAAUAAUGACUUGAAAUAUAUUUGUAUCAUAACGAUUCUUGAAUGUUUAUAUGUAAACAAAUAGUAAGCGUGGUCCGUGACAAUGUAAAUAGGUACGGUCACAGACUUUAAUUGUUGAUCCAUUAAGGGACGUCGCUCUACACAUGCAUAGCGCUGUCUCGCUUGCACAUGUUAUUCCGUACGGAAAAUUCCGAACGUCUGCGGCCAGCCUUAAGGUUAACCCUAUUAUAUAAGGUUAAGGUAUGAAAAUUCCAAUGUAAACCCUCAAUGGCUCAACAAUUAAUGUCCGUGACUGUACAUAAGGAGAGAUGAGUUAAUGUGAACGAUAAAGUAAUAUUAUUAUAAUAUAAAAGUAAAACUGCGAGUGAUAUAUCGAGUAAGGUAUGUAUUUGUAGCUUAAGCUAUACGGCAAACUAUACGGGGAUUGUUGAUUAGAUUCUGAAACUUACCAUUGUGUUGACAUUUCUAUAAAAUUUGAUUAUUUGUGGUAAUGUUGUACUAAGCAAAAACUCUUUUUUUUUAUUAGGUAUAAAGUUGACUUGAGGUAUUUUUUUUAAAAACAUGAAUAACAAGAGCUUCUGUCGUCUAGUGAUAAGACUGAGCGACUUUGAAAUAGAAUGUAACAUAGAGGGCGGUCCGACCAAUCAUAUUCGAGAAAUAAAUUAUACACCUAAAGAUUGACCUUUAUAUAAAAAAAAUAUUAAUAAUUUUUUCUAGACAUAUUGAUUACCUUUUGUAUUAUUUAUGAGCUCCCGAUAUUACGACGCUCAUAAAUCGCUCAUAAAUAAUACAAAAAGUAAUCACGGUCUAUAUCCUGGUCAAUAUAAGUCUAGUGUAACUAACCGUGAAUCAUUCAAAACUAAUAAUUUUUUUAUUAAACACUAAUUCAUAUUAGGAAGUGUCGAUCGUGAUUUUGUAUGAAAGAAAUUACUUUAUUGCUCUAGUAAAGGUUUGUUGGCUAACAAUAGCAUAAUGUCAUUUAAUAUGAUAUGAAUGAUAUGAUAUGAAUCAGUGACAGUGAGGUCGCUGGUAGAUAUUUGGCAUCUAAUGGUGCUCCCAUGCUGCAGAUAUAUGUAUAAAGUUACAUAACAUGGUAAAACAUUAAUUACAGUCUAAUUUAUAAAUACUCGUAUUAUGUAUAUACAGCUUAAUUCAUUGCAAUAAGGUGAAAAAAUGUAGGUAUAGUAUGAAUCUUCUCAAAUGAUUUUUACGCUUAAGAUCCCAAUCUGUUAAACAAAAGCCAUUGUUUCUUUUUUUGUGGGCGGUCGGCCAUUGUGUCUGAGUACGUGCCAUUGCGUCUGAGCGCGUGUCAUCACAAAAUCAUUUGAGAAGAUUCAUACUAUAUACAUUUUAUGGACUGUCCAAACUGGCGUUAUAUAACAUUAUAAAAGUGCAGUGUGGAACUACCUAUAUAUUAUUAUUAUUCAGAGCCCACUGUGUCCCACUGCUGGGCAAAGGCCUAUAACAACAUGCAAUCACCGUAUAGAAAAGGUAUUCUCCAGGCACUUGUGUCUUGUAUGGAGUUGGACGAGGCUUAUAUCCAGAAUAUAUGAAAUAUAUUUAUUGUAACAUUUACUUAUAUUUAACUUAUGCACCUUCGUUUAUAUUAUAUAAUAACUGAUAAGCUAUGAUAGUUGUGUGUUUAUCAAUUUUGCUCAUUUCAACAAAAUCAUUUGGAAAAUUUCAGUUUGUUUGUGCCUUACCUAGUACCCCUAGUAGAUAUUUUUUUAUCGUCCUCAAUAAUUAUGUUAAAUUUCUUGUGUAUGUAAUUGUGGAGAUUGUUUAAAUGAUUACUUUAAAUGGUUUGUUUCGACGUACUCGCGGAAGGAUCUUCCGGAAUAAAGAAGUUACUUCG